AUGGGUCGUGUUAAAGUUCCUAAAGAGAUACAUGUGGAAACAUGGCUUAUCAGCGACAAAAUACGUCGUUAUCGUGGAAUUCUGAAAUUGCAUGCACGCGAUAAGAAGUUACAGCUAUCGCAAGCAACGAAAUUGAAAUCAAUAGUAUCCAGGAAAGUCACGUCCCUAGAUGUCGAUGUUAAGAGACAUCAUGAAAUUGUCAGUCUUCUUCGCGAUGGUAAACAGCCUAUUCUCAGAUUGCUAGCCAAUCAUAAAAGAGUCUACUUGGCGGUUAAUCACCUAAAACCAUCGCUGGAACAUUACGUUCUUUCAUCUGAACUCGAGGAGCAAAGUGAAUAUCGACCGAACUGCGAGCAGCAACGAUUAGUAGCACAAUUACAGCAGUCCAUCGCAAAAUAUAACGCAGCAAAAGACAUACAUUCUACAUAUUGGUCGAUGUUAAAUAUCUUGAAAAAAGACGCGAUAUUUUUCGAUACUCUAAUGAAUAUUUUGAAAGAAGACCAAUCUUCCCAAUGCAAAGUGAUGUUGAAGGUGACAGUGAUGGGUCAACUAGCAGCGGAGAAUCUGGACGACAUCAGACAAAAAUAUGAACGAAUGUCUCGAGUUGUCUGGCGUAAUAUGAAAAUUAGAGAACAAAUGUUAAGUACUGUAAACAAUCAGGUGAAGGAUUUGUGGGCUUACGCACAGUCAUUAGUGCGUGUUGAGGUGAAUAAGAUUACUCUUAUUACAAAUAAAAAUUAUAUCGAUUUAUUUAACAAAACAUUAGAAAAUCAGUUAGUACAUUUGGAAAAUAUCUGCACUGAAGUAAAAGACGUUUUACUCGUGCGUUCAUAUCAUGACCUGCUAUCAAGGCUUGAAAAUCAAUCUGAACACAGAGUAGCUUUGCUAGCGCGAUUAGACAUCAAUAUAAAGAAUCGCGAGGUUUUAUUAAGCAAAAAACAACAGGCGUUACAAGUUCUCGAGAGUCUCAAGUAUUCCACAAAAGAACAGUAUAAGAUUAACGAUAUGCAAGAUAUAUUGGAACAAAUUGAAAUCGAGAAAAAACGUGAGAAAGAUCUUAAGGAACAGAUAACAGCUCACGGCGAAUUGCUCACAAAUAUCAGAGCGGCCUUACAAAAUAUGAAUACAAUGUUGAUUUGCGUCAAGCACACUAUUAAAGCGGUAGUGAAGAAGUCGGGCAAAGAACUGAUGAUAACCAAUGAUAAAGAAGAACGCAUCGCGUUAACAGAAAUCAAACGAAUGGACACAGAUGUUUUAGCGCUGCUAUCGAAGAUCAGCGAAAAAAUAAAUAUUCUCUUCAGUAUUAGCAACUUCGAGCUAGAGGAGAAGGAAGAUGAAGCCCGGGAUCUCUACCACACCUAUGUAUCGAAUUAUAAUUCCAAUUUGAUUUUCGGGACUGGCGAAGAAGAACCGAUUGGAUUAUUGGUUGAACAUGAGAUGGUUGACGGUACUAUUCCGACGCGAGCAGAUAUCAAGUAUUACAGCAGGCAGAUUCUAGAGGCACACCUGAAACCGGAAUAGAGUUUAUUGC